GUUGCGUUACGUGGCUGCCAUUUUGGUUCGAGUUGUAUGUUUAUUGCUUGUAUUAAAGCAACGAGUAAUCGAAUUUUUUACUGUUUAACUAGCUGGACUAGACAGAUUUUAGUUUUAACCAAGCUACAGCAAAAAUGUCUGUGUGACCCAGUUGAUGACACUCUCCGUACGCUAUUAUGAAAGAAAGCGACAAAUUAUUGACCCAAUGAUUCCGCAAGACAAAAUAUGUCUGAAAAUAAAGAGUGUGAAACUGUAGAAAUAAAAGUGGAGAGAGAUGUCGAACAAGAGAAAGAAUUUGUAGACUGUAUAAAAGAAGAACAGGAUGAGUGGGGGGAUGAGGAGGCUGGUGAUGCUGGACUGUAUGCUGGACGUGAGGUCAAACACGAGGUGGUCGUCAAGGAAGAACCUGUGCAGCCUAAUAUUGAAUUUGUUGGGGCAUGUCGAGUUCCUGAGAAAUGCUUUCCUAUGAAGAAAUCGAUGGCUUGGGAAUUUUUCACGGAUUUAGAUCACAAAGAAAAGCUGGCUCAAUGCAACUUUUGCAAAAAAGUUAUAUCAUAUAAGGAUGGAUUCAACCUCACUUGUCACACAAAAUCUGAACAUCCUAAGGAGUUUAAUCGUGUCAUGGAAUCAGAUUUCGAGCAUUCCCUUGCAUCAGACUCACAAGCCAAGGUUACCAAACAGCCAGCCAGCCUGCCACUACCGUCUUCAUCGUCCGACGUAGUCAUUACUCAAUACAGCCACGUGCCAGCUACCGAUGUUAGUGAUAUGCUGAGGCAACAGAAACCAUUUGAAGACGAGAAAACGAAAACAAUUAAUAAAAAACUUGUAAAAUUAUUUGCAAAACACUACCUUCCGUUUUCCCUUGUUGAGUCUGCUGAAUUCAAACAGUUUGUCCAAGAAUUAAACCCUGGUUAUGAAUUGCCAUCGAAGAACAUGUUGUCCGACGUACUUAUUGAAAAAUAUUAUAAUGAAACAAAAUAUACAGUAAAAGACGAGAUUGAUAAAACAGAUCAUGUUGCUUUAACUGUAGACGAGUGGUAUUCUUCAAACAAAAAUGAGUUUUAUAUAGAUGUGACAGCACACUUCAUUAACGAGGAAGCUGAGUUAAAAGCAUAUAUCUUAGAAUGUGCCCAGUGCGACUACGAAGAGCGCCAAAAUGCAGAAAAAUUGGCGGAAAAGUUGAGAAAAAUUUGCGAAGAAUGGGAAAUAUCCAAUAAAAUUGUUUCAGUUACAACGGAUGAUGUCCAUAACAUAAAAUCGGCCGUAGCAUUAAAUCAGUGGAGACACGUAACUUGUUUCGCCUAUUCUUUAAACCUAGCCUUCCAAAAUGCCCUCGAUAAAAGUAAGCUUAUUCAUCAGAAGGUUAACCGGGUGGUAAAGUUUUUCAAGCGUAGCUCCUUUGCGCGUAAAAGACUGAAAAGAAUGCAAGAUAUUUUGGGGGAACCAGAUCUAAACUUGAAGGAAGAUGUUGAUGGUCAGUGGCACACGACAUGCGCCAUGUUCGAACGUGUGAUAGAAAUGAGGAACAGCCUUCACAGGCUUUUUACUGAAGAUUAUCCUGAUGAAAUAUUUUUAACAAAUAAUGAUCUGGACGUUAUACAAGGAGUGACGGAAGUCUUCCGAUUUUUCAAAGACGUGACGAAGGAAAUGAGUUCGGGGAGGACCGUCACGAUUGCAGAGAUUGUUUAUUACGCUAGUGCUUUGAAGUAUAAAUGUGCAGAAUGUUUACUGGACAAAACCUUGCCUGGACGGGUUGGUAACUUGGUUCGAUGUCUCGACAAAGACCUCGAGAAGCAAUCUUCGAAUUUAAUACAUGACUCUUUGAUGCUAGAAAGCACGUUACUAGAUCCACGUUUUAAAAAACAAGGGUUUCUCGAAUUCUGUACUAAUCUUGCAGCGCGUUCUUACAUACAUACUUCCGCUAUGAAAAUCGAAAUUCCGGAAUCGUCGGAACCUUUGGAAGAUAUCACCCCACCUCCAGCGAAAAAACGAAUUGGGCAGACUUUAGAUUCAACAGUGAGCGAAGUUAUGGAAACUAACCUCGCUUCAAUAGUCCAAAAAGAGAUGGAUAGAUAUUUUGAGGAGCCUCCUUUGCCAAAAAACCAAAACCCCCACAAGUGGUGGUUAAGUAAGAAAAUACAGUAUCCGCGACUGUAUGCCGUUGCGUGUCCGCGACUAAGUAUACCGGCUACGUCCGUGCCGCCCGAACAGAUAUUUUUAAAAUCGGGGCGAAUUUUAACUGAAAGCAGGAAUCGGCUAAGCGGUUAUGAAGCGGAACGACUUGUGUUUCUGAAUAAAAAUCUUUAGGUUAUGAUAACAAUUACUUCAUUAAGGGUCAGUUGCGCCAAACCUUCUGUCACCGUUAGUGUUCUUUUUUUUAUUUAUUUUUUUAAAUUAAAUUGUCAUUUAUUUCAGGCCUAAUACACCCAUAUGUGUUAGUAACUUACAUAGCUAAUAAAAAUAAUGUUAGUGCAAUUACAAAACAAAUUAACAUGCAAAUUAACUAAUGACUAGGAGCUAACUUAGGGCUAGGACACACCGGAUGAGCCUUAUAAAUCUAACAUAUCACCACAACCUGACUUGGGCUCUAUUGCACCUAUGGCAAUUAGAGCGGUAGGACUGUGUGGGAGGAUGGUAGCCUGGGAAAAAUCCAGGACCCUUCCGCAUCACACGAGACGAGCCGUCCCCCCGUUAGUGUUCGCAAAAUUUUAUUGUAUGGGCAGUUCCAUAGAUCUCUGCUGCGUGACGUUGAUCAGUCUGUUAACUGUGGUUGGUGCAACUGGCCCUAAGGGUUCCGUACCUACAGUCAAGGCAAAAAUAUCGAUCCAGACAAAUGGCUAAAAUAUGUGAACACGCCUUUAUUGUCUAAGGUGUAAGAGCGUACAUAUAUUUUUGAAACUUUGGGAAUGUAUAUACUUUUAUGCCCUUGGCUGUACAUCAAAAGGAAAACUUAUAGGAUCACGUUGUUCUCCGUCUGUCUGUCGGUCAAGAGUCCGAGAGACCCUUUAUCUCGAGUAUCGAGGUAUCAAGUUGAUAUUUUUUACCGUAUCCUCAGGUCUACAGUCCCCAGAAGCUGUGAAAAAUCAAACUUGUAAGUUAACGUAAAAAAAUGAUACGGCCUUUUAUGCCGCAAAAAACUUAUAAGUAUUUCGACAUUCUCAAGGGAAUCAAAAUUUAUAGGAUACUUCCCGUUGACCUGGAACUAUGAAAUUUGUUCCAAAACAGGGAAAAUUCAGAAAACUAUAUAAUAAAAAAACAUUUAUUUCGGACCACAGAUAUCCAUAACAGGUUAGUCGAACAUGUACAUUACAUGCAGGCACUUAAAACUAUGUUAGAUAUAAUUAAUUAUUACUUAACUUACUACUCUUACUAAUACAUACGUAGCUAGGGAACGAUGCAGGUUCGACCAGCGCUGCAUAUAGCGACUAUCGAGCCUACCCGCUAUCACACUCAGGAUACUGUUGCUACUGUCAAGCACUGCAAAAAAAAAUUGUAAAAAAAAAUUGGUAAGUUAAAUUUGUACGGAACCCUCGGUGGGCGAGUCCGACUCGAACUUGUACGGUUUUUAAUGGUGAUGUCCCUGACAUUUAAUAAUAAUAAUAUAAAUAAUAAUAAAAAUAAUAAAUAAAGCGAACAUUUUGCGAUAGAUGUUAUGAUUAAUUUUCAUUAAACUUAAUAAUAAU